UUCAAGCGGACACAUUCCUCUGCAGUUCACUACUGAAGCCACAUUUCUGAUGAUGGAUUGUUCAGAGGAGGUUCAGUCUGUGUCUCAGGAGCCCAGCGCUCAAAUGGAACUAAAAAAGGGAAUGUCGAUUUUCAUUGACAUUUUACGGAGAGCUGAUAAAAAUGACGAUGGGAAGCUUUCCUUUGAUGAAUUCAAAGCCUACUUCUCCGAUGGAGUCUUGACAGCGGAGGAGCUGAAGGAGCUCUUCCACACAAUUGAUACCCAUAACACAGAUAAUGUGGACACUGAUGAACUCUGUGAGUAUUUCUCCCAGCACCUCUGUGAAUAUGAGAAUGUUCUCGCUGCCUUAGAAGAUUUGAACAUGUCCAUACUGAAGGCGAUGGACAAAACAAAGAAGGAUUAUCAGGAGUCCACCCACCUGGAGCAGUUUGUGACCCGCUUCCUGCUGAAGGAAACAACCAAUCAGCUUCAUUCACUUCAAAGCUCGCUCGAGUGCGCCAUGGAAACCACAGCCGAGCAGACUCGCCAGGAGAAACAGGGCCCACUGAAGCCAGAGGUGCUGUCCAUCCAGUGGUCCGGUCGCCGCUCCAAUCGGAGGCUUCAGAGGAACAGCAGCCUGUCUCCCAACAACCCACUCCUCAGUCUCGUCAAUUCAGGUGUUUAUGAUGAAGACAGCCAGUGGACGGUCCAGGUCAACAGACUGCAGAAGCUUAUAGACCGCCUAGAACAAAAGGAGAUUCGCCUGGAGCCUGUUGAGGAGGAGGUCUUGGAGAGCAAAUCGCACAUCCUGAUAGUCCAGAGGCAGCUCUCGGUCCUGGAGGAGGAGCUGGAGGAGUUUCGUUUGGCUCUCAGACAGUACAUGGAGUGUGCCUGCGCCCAGACUGGAUGUCUACACAUCGCAGUUCAGCGGCUGGCAAAUGAAUCACGCUUCAUUCUCUAUGAAUUCUGGGAGCACAACAACGUGUGGAAGAAUCACUUGCAGACCAACUACAGUAAAACCUUUCAGAGGGGGAACGUGGACUUUCUGGAAACUCCUGAGACCAUAACCACCAUGCUGGUUCCAGCCUCAUGGUGGGUCCUUAACAACAACUGA